AUCAGCCUCAGUCGACACGUCAUCAGCCUCAGUCGACACGUCAUCAGCCUCAGUCGGUUACUUCCUGUUUACAUAUCUACAAUUAGCCGAAAUCGAAACUAAUUCUUAAGAUAUCACUUUUUGACACCUGGAUUCAGACAUAUCGUCACCCAGGUCCGAGCGAAAGGUCCGCAGAGAGAGUUUGAGCAGACGUCCUGCUAGCCUGCUUAGAACUGAAGACUCGACUAUAUUAACCACAGAGCUAACUUAAGCUAACGUAGUGGAGCGCUCGUUAACGUCGUAUUAGACCACAGCUACAACUAUAUUAUCUCAUUAUCUUUCGAGCGCUUAAAGUUGUCUAUAAUGGAAAAUAAAUAUAACCUAAAGAGUCCAGCGGUAAAGCGAUUGAUGAAAGAAGCUGCUGAAUUGAGAGAUCCCACAGAACACUACCAUGCCCAACCAUUGGAAGAUAACCUUUUUGAGUGGCAUUUUUCCGUACGUGGUCCCCCGGAUUCAGAUUUUGAUGGUGGAGUUUACCAUGGCAGGAUUGUGCUUCCCCCGGAGUAUCCGAUGAAGCCUCCCAGCAUCAUCCUUCUUACGCCAAAUGGAAGAUUUGAAGUUGGGAAGAAGAUUUGUCUGAGCAUUUCUGGUCACCAUCCAGAGACAUGGCAGCCUUCAUGGAGCAUACGAACUGCUCUGAUUGCCAUAAUUGGAUUCAUGCCAACUAAAGGAGAGGGUGCAAUUGGAUCUCUUGAUUACACACCAGAAGAGAGGAGGGUCCUCGCAAAAAAGUCCCAGGACUUCUGCUGUGAGACAUGCAACUCUUCAAUGCACUCAGCACUCCUGGCUUUGACCCCCGACAGCAGUCCAAGCCCAGGGGACCACAUGGCAGAGGAGCUAGCCCAACAAAUUAACUUCAAGACAGAAUCCAGUUCAUUAGGUCAGCAGUCAAGAGAGAGUGAAGAUGCCAGCAGUGAGGCUUCCAUUCUUACCUCCACUUCUGCAGUCCAGGAAGCAGGAGAUGGGCCUCUGACUGAGCAGGUAGAGGCAGCACCAGCUCCUGAAGUGGAGAGACCACCUACUCCUCGUCCUCUCAGUCCUCGGCAGCGUCAUGUCCAACAGGACCAAAGAGACAACAUUAGGCCGGCCUUCAUUGCAGCCACUCGCCAGCCACACAAUGAAAGUCACGCCGGCUCAGCUGUCCUAAUAGUGUUGCUCACAUUCGCCCUUGCUGCUCUUAUCUUCCGUCGGAUUUACCUGGCUCACGAGUACAAGUUUGAUUAUGAGCUGUGACCUUCAAGCUUUUCUGUUUUCUUAGUCCGGCCGCCAUGCCACCAAUGAUCAGCCAAAGUUAUCCCUGAGGUUGCGUGGUCCCUGGAAGUGACGUCCGGUGUUCUCUUUUCUCCUUUUUAGGCCCUUUUCAUGCCGCUUAUCAGUAACUACAGCACCUUGCACCCUGCCCUCAUGUUUUUUAAGGGAAGUAAUAUAAUUGUGUUUAACAAUCACACAAUUAUCCCUACAUUUUUAAUCCGACAUUUAAAGUUUGCAUUCACACUUGCGGCUCAGUACUCUGGUCCGGACCGAAAGUAUAACGUUGCAGUUCGCUCAGCGUUCACACUGGUAUUAUUGUCGUUGUAAAUCACAUGCGUCAAACGCAAGGCCCGGGGGCCAGAUCCGGCCCGACAUCUCAUUUAAUGUGGCCCGCCAAUAAUGCCGAUACUUCAUCGUUCUUACUAAAUGU